AUGAAGCCCAUGCUUCUUGUCGUUGAAUUACUCAGCUUGAUAUUUAUCACAAGUGUAUCCCACUUUCUAGGCGGUACUAUUACAUGGAGACUACUCAGUGCAUCAGCCACAGGAACACCUGUAGAUAUUAAUAUUACUCAAACCUAUUCAUGGUCAUAUUCAUCAAUAUCAUGUACUACUGCCAUGAUUGCUAGUAGCCAACUGAUUCCUGUUCCAACCUAUACUGGUCUUACAACAGCAACAUUGAAUUAUAACACCAAUUGUGGUGCUGGUUCACUUGGUUAUGUGGCACCGAAUAUAAUACCUUACUGCAUGGAUAGCUCAACAGCUAUCGGUACGACCAUUAGUCAACGCUCAGACAUUGUAACUUUAGCAGCCGGUGAUGAUUUUUCAGCUGCUUUUCAGAGUAAUGCUUGGUGUACACUUGCGACGAGCACCGGUGCUGUUUGGCCCAUUUCAACACGUAUGAAUGUUAAUCCAAGAUCUGAUAAUGGUCUUUAUGAAAAUGCCCCAGUGACUACGAUUAUGUCUCCCAUCCUAAUACCUGUCAGCCAAACAAUAGCUAUUAAUGUAUUUGUAGCUGAUGCCGAUGUAGUAGAUGAAUGUGGAGGUGUCUACCCGCCUAGUUCAUUGCCACCAGGUACCGUUAUCUAUCUUAAGUGUACUAUUUUAAUAACAGGUCAAAUUGUUGGUGACUGGUUUGCUGUAGCACUUACGGUUGAAGACUUUAUUAACUCAUCAAGCAUAGAUCCUCUCAGUUCGGUACUAGUCCAAUUUCUUGUACAAGUAGUAAGCCAAGCAUCAUCUACUAGUCCACCUACAAUUAUUGGAGAAUUUUCUCAACAAUCAUGCACAUUAAUCUUGUUCGGUCAAACAUUCGUAUCACAGCUAAUUGUCAUUAACAAUUGCGGCUCAAGUGUGACUAUUAUUGAUAUGACCACAUAA